AUGAAUAACAGUGUGGGGAGUCCUCUUGGAUUAUUAGUUCUACUUUGUGGUACAUGGAGACUAUACAUAUUCAUAAAGAAAAGAAAAGAAAUUAAACGCAAGAAAGCAUUUUUCAAACGAAAUAGUGGCCUUUUGUUGGAACAGCAGAUACACUCAAGUGAAAACAAUGUCGAGCAAAUCAAGUUGUUCGAUUCAAAAGAGUUAGGGAAGGCAACUGAUAAUUUCAAUAUAGACAGAGUUCUUGGGCAAGCAGGUCAAGGCACUGUGUACAAAGGAAUGUUGGAAGAUGGAAAGAUUGUUGCUGUGAAGAAGUCUAAAAUAAUUUAUGAAGCCAAACUCUCUGAAUUCAUCAACGAGGUUGUCAUUCUUACACAAAUCAAUCAUAGAAAUGUUGUCAGGCUAUUGGGAUGUUGUCUGGAGACAGAUGUUCCGCUUCUAGUUUAUGAAUUCGUCCCAAAUGGAACACUUUCAGAGUAUAUUCAUGACAAAAAUGCAGAGUUUCCUUUCACAUGGAACAUGAGAUUACGAAUUGCAACUGAAUCUACGAACAUACUCCUUGAUAAAAAAUUGAGGGCAAAAGUUGCAGACUGUGGUACAUCAAGAACUAUCUCCUUAGAGCAAACUCACCUGACCACUUUAGUUUAUGGCACAUUUGGCUAUCUAGAUCCAGAAUACUUUCAGUCUAACCAAUUCACAGAUAAGAGUGAUGUUUAUAGUUUUGGAGUGGUUCUUGUCGAGCUCUUGACCGGACAAAAAGCAAUAUCUGCAACAAGGUCAGAGGAGGAAGGAAGAAGUUUGGCAACAUAUUUCAUGAUGACGAUGGAGAGAAAUAGUAGUAGUCUGUUCGACAUUCUUGAUGGUCAAGUUCUCAAAGAUGCGCCGAAAGAAGAUAUCUUAAUUGUUGCUGAUCUUGCAAAGAGAUGCUUACAUUUGAGUGGAAGGAACCGACCUACCAUGAAAGAAGUAGCAAAGGAGCUAAAGAGGAUGAUUCAAGGCAUUGAUAAUAAAGAUUCUAAGGGUAGUCAACAACAUAAUUAUGAGUAUGAAGAGCUAGCAUAUGCACCACCUGAAGUUAUAGACUACUCUUGGAAUAUUUCUACAUCGUCAACUUUUGAUAGUAAUGCUACUAGCUCCUCAUUGCAUCAAGAGUUUCCAUUGUUGGAAGUGUGA